UUAUCUAGUCCGAUGCCCACUGAGCUUUCCCGAAGUCUCCCGGUCACUGCCCUCGCUGUCGCCGGCGACCUCCCUCCCUUGCUCGCCGCCCCUUUUAUUAGCCAUUGCCACCGCCACUGCCACCGCCUCCCUCGUCCACCGUACGCUUCUCGAAGUUAUUCGAUCGAUCUGAAGAAGAAUUGCCCAAGCUUGUUUUUCCACAAACUUAAAUCAGGAACACAAUUGAUUCUUAGCCUCUGUGUUCAUCCAUAAAAUACAAAAUAAAGCUGUUGAAGCAGUUUGCUUGGUUAGAGAUGGGCAUGUUUGCUCCUAUGGCAAAGUGGAUUCCUCAGGAUGAUCUUUUGUUGAAGAAUGCUGUUGAGGCUGGUGCUUCUCUGGAGUCAUUGGCUAAAGGUGCAGUACAAUUUUCCCGACGAUUUACCAUACAAGAAUUACAAAACCGUUGGUAUUCACUUCUUUAUGACCUCGAUGCAUCAGAAGAUGCAUCUACUCGUUUUAUCGAGAUUGAGUUUCAACUUUCUUUACCUGGACAUUCUAAAGGAAGCAGAAUAUAUGAUUCUAAAAGCAUGCAAACUUCAUUUGGAAAAAGGAAAGGCCAGAGUGUUCAGAGCGAUUAUUAUGCAAUGCGAAAGAGAGUUUGCAAUGAUCCAUGUGCUUCAGCUUCUCUUGAUUUCGUUACACAAGCUGGUCCACAUAUCAUUAAACCAUAUGCUAGUAGCCAUGAAGAUCAAUUAACUCAUGACAAUUAUCAAGUCAAUGAUCUUCCUGGAUCAACUAACUUUUAUUAUGAUGCUGAGAUCUAUGAACAUUGUAGGUCAGAUGCAGUUGUUGGUGAUGAUAAAAUUCUGAGUCAUGUUAAUGACCAUGUUGACUUUGUUGAAGAGGAAACUUCACAUGAGAAAAUCGACAUAGAUUUCUUAGAGCCCUUGUCUGAGGAUAAUUUAAGCUCAGAGAUUGGAGAACUUGGUAAUACAUGUGAUAGCUUAUGCUAUUUAUCUCCGUCACUUAAGUCACCUUAUGAGAGCAGAAAUGAGGACAAGAGGAUCGAUUCAAGUUGUCCUGGUGUGGAAUUAGAGCCAGAACUAGAUGCUGGAGCAUCAGAAACUAUUUUAGAUAAUCCCCAUAUCUCAGAAGAAGGCAUGGAAUUCCUGAAUCACCACACACACUGUCAUGAAGAUGAUAACCUUCUAAUUGGUAUGGAUAUGUACAAUGAAGUGAAGCCUUCUUUUGUAAACAUAGACUCAAUUUUCUCUAGUACUUAUUGUGGUGCAAAUGAAGCUGUUAUGCCCAAUUCUGAUCAGCAUACUGCAACAGAGGUUUCAAAAACAUUACUUACUGAUAUUGCAACUGGCAAUGCUUGUAAUGUAACUAAUGCCAGUUCCUCUCCUUCAGAAGUCCUUUUGCCAUCAAAUUUUCCAGAGUCAAGUUCUACGACCUGUUUUUUAAACACAGAAGAUCAGGAAAUUCCGUGCAAUGAUCACGUUUUGCUUCCAUUGUUUUGUUCCUCAAAACAUGAAGGAAAGGAUGACUUUUCUUCUGCAAAGGGUUUUCCACUGGGCAGAGACAGAUCUGUAGGAUUGAUGACUUCCAGAAAGCAAGAACAGGUUAAGCAUUUAUUUCAAACAUGUAAUCACGACAAGAUGGAUCGUUGGUCACUUCGAGAUUCAACUUCUUAUAAUGUGCCACAAGGUGUGCUUCCAUCACAUGCAGAGAAAAUUUCCCAGCAAUUGUUACUGCCUGUUCCAUUGAAAAAAUCCCCAACAGACGAUAAAGAGGAGAGUUUUCUAGACAGUGGAUUUGACAUACCUAGAUUUGCUGAGAUCGAAGCUAUGAUUCUUGAUAUGGACUUGGAUUUAUACGAUCAGGGAUCUUGUUCCUUUACUAAGGAAGCUGCAAGAUACCAAUCAGACGUGGGUAAGAAGGCAAUCAUAAGGCUCGAACUGGGUGCUAGAUCAUUCAUAAAUAGAGCAAUUUCUUCUCGUGGCGCUUUAGCAGUUCUCUACGGUCGUCAUUUGAAAUAUUUCAUGAGAAAGACAAAGGUUUCAAUGGGAAGAGCAACUCAAGAGACAAAAGUUGACAUUGACUUGGGACGAGAAGGACGUGCCAAUAAAAUAUCUCGAUUCCAGGCAACAAUUAAGAUGCGUAAAGAUGGAUCAUUUGUUCUCAAGAACUUUGGCAAGCAUUCGAUAUUCGUCAAUGGCAAGGAAGUGGCAACCAAAAGUUGGAUACACCUAAAAUCUGAAUCCUUGGUUGAGGUUAUGUCUAUGCCACUCAUGUUCGAGGUGAACGAGACUGCAGUGAGGCGAUACGUAGCGAAGUCACAUGACUAGAGGAGGGCAUGCCAGUAGAAUCCAGAUAAAUAUUGUGUAAAUAAUAUUAUUAUUUGCUUUGGUGGAUGCCAUGUAUGCGUAUUUAGACGGCGACAUCUACUCACUGUGUAUAUGUAAAUUGCAUACCAAUGCUACUAAUUACAAAACGAAAUCCAGAAACAUUAAAAAAAUUUAUUUAAAAUUUAACAAAGAAAUGGAACUA